AUGUCCAGCCGCCAAAUUAAGACUCCCACCCGCACCGUUACCUCCCACCAAACCGAGGAGGUCACCGUCUCUCCCGGCGGCAAUACGGCUACUCUCACCGUUACUACUACUGUCGUCGAGACCAAGACUACCGUUACUGAGUAUAAUCGGGCUGCUCCUGCUGCUCCUGCUGGUGACGCUGGUGUAGCUGGUGUGGAUGAGAAGAAGGCUGCUGUCGCCACGGACGCUGGUGUGGAUGAGAAGAAGGAUGAGGCCAAGGAGGGUACUAGCGAGGAGAAGAAGUAA